GAUCCUCAAACAAGCAUCAUUUCAACAGCACGUCUGUGUUUAACCUCCAGAUAUCAGAGAUGAAGAGCGUUCUCCCAGUGAAGAUGUUGGCGGCAUUGGCUCUGGUGCUGCUGGUGUCCAGCGCGACUCAGGGACGUAUCCUCGGGAAAUGCGAGCUGAAGGCUCAGCUGGAAGCUGCUCAGUUUCAGGAGAUUACCAACAUGGGAGAGAAAAUAACCGUGAAAAAUCUCAUCGCUAGACUUGUCUGCAAGGCCAACAGCACGGGCUUCAACACCAGCUUUGUCAAAGCCAUCGUGGUCGACAAUAAGGAGAAUAAACCAGCUCAAGCUCCACCUCAGGCAAAAUCUGGAAGCCCAGCCACAAAUCACACACAAGCCCCACCAAAGCCUCACGUACAGGCCUCACCCAAGCCUCACGCACGGGACCCACCCAAGCCUCACGUACAGGACCACCACACUAAAGGACCACAGGAGUCCGGCCAUGAGACCAAGCAUCCACACCUGAACUCUACAGCCAAAGUUUUCGGGCGGCUGUACGGCAUGUUUCAGCUCAGUGAUCAGGUGGCCUGUGAUUCUGGCAUGAUCCCGUCGCUCAAUGUCUGCAACAUGAGCUGCACUGCUUUGACUGAUGAUGAUAUCAGCAAUGACAUCGCCUGCCUGAAGACCCUGAUGAACAGCAUGAAAUCCAAACCCAAAGAGAAACCCACUAAUGUUAAUAAGAUUUUGAAGAUGCUGAUGGUGAAGGAGUGCCGCUCUGUCGUUACCUCAAAGUACUUCGCAGACUGUGCUUAAAAUAACAGACGGACCAACAGACUCGCCCUCGCUUACCCCUAAUGCAUUACUUACAAACACAGCAGUCUGGUGGUUUCCAUACCUCUGGUAAUGAGGUCAAUAUGAUGGUGGCGGUAUCUGUGUGAGUUUAUUAAAUGUCCAAUGACCUUUAGAGCCCGACCGAUAAAUGAUUUUGAAGGCCGAUACCGAUACAAAUAUUUUUGGGUUUUAAAAUCCGAUAUUCCG